AUGACCAAAAAGAGCGCCAUCAGCAACAGCAAUCUUCCUAGCGCUUCCACUCCCUCGAUUUCCCGUUCGACUAUCAACCGCUGCUGCUUUAACGACCUCACCCCCGCUGACACUAUCCAUCGAAGUGAGCUCGACACAGUCAAUGUGUUUCGCAAAAGUUUCCCAGGAAGUAGCGGGGUAACACCUUUAUCGCCCGCCAACACCACCAUUCGGCGUAGUAAGAUCAGCCAUACGGUGAUCGCGAACUCGUAUGUCCGCCGCUGCAAGCUCACUAACUGCGAGCUUGUCAAUGUGUGCUCCGCUAAGUCCCUGGAUGCCAAUGGCUCCAGGUUCGACACUGUGCGCUCGAUCCGCGGUCACACCUCGGUGCAAAAUAGUACCGUUACGGGCCAGAGUACCCUGAACCGGAGCAAAGUCCACGGGUCAUCCGUCAUGGACGAGAGCUGUAUACGCCGCAGUCAUCUUGAGGAUGUUCGGGUUGCUCGAAGUCGCGUGAAGAGAUCCAAGCUCCAAAACUGCGAUGUGAGCGAUUGCGUGAUUAUCCGGACCGAUUUCACUGGCAUGACCUUACGCCACGGGGUCUGGAAGAAUGGAAAAUUAGUUGGCAGAGUUGGAGAUAAUGAGGUCGUCAUGGUGACCCAGGACGGCCAGAACAUCGGCCAUGUUUCUUCGGAGAAGCUUGUCACCCAAGAUGCCAAGGCAUGGGACCCCGACUCGGAUGGUUCGGAUAAGGAAAGCUUGAAUUCGGAUGAUCUUCCGCCGCCUUAUCAGCCUUGA